AAACCAAAUACAUUCAUUUCUUCGUAAUUUUACUUACCUCCGUUCGUUGUGUUUACAUUUUGCUUAAUUUAUAUUAAUUUAACAAUUGUUUUGAAAGUUUCGUUGAAAAUGCUGAAGAAGAAACUGGAUCGAAAUUUACGAUUUUCAGAAAACGAAGUCUAUUACAAUGGUGCUCCUCCUAACAUCUGUCCUCACUUCUACAAACCUCCAGGUGUACCAGAAGACCUGCUCACAUUGGAUAAGCAAACGAUAAAGAAAAUGGAUGUGCUCAAAUUCGAUAAGAAAAAGGUUCAGUAUGUGUACAAUCCUGUAGAUUAUGCUUAUGCAGGCUAUUCAAGGUACGUGAGAAAGUACCUGAAGAGUUCCAAAAAGAUAUUAUUUGUUGGGUUAAACCCUGGUCCGUAUGGCAUGUGCCAAACUGGGAUCCCCUUUGGUGAUGUAUCAACAGUCAAAGAGUGGAUGGAAUUAGAAAUGGACAUUUCAAAACCGCUAGAUGAAUGCCCCAAGAAACCUGUCGAUGGUCUGAAAUGCACGACCAUUGAACAGAGUGGAAAACGUUUCUGGGGAUUCUUCAAGAAGAAGUGCGGUGCAGCUGAUAACUUCUUUCGUAACGCAUUUGUUAUAAACUAUUGUCCAAUUGCCUUCUUCGAUAGAAGUGGUAAAAAUGUGACACCCAAUGAACUGGAGGUCAGCAGCAGGGAGGAACUGGAGAAGAUCUGUGAUGAGUAUCUUGAGAAAGUUGUGGAGAUGGUCAAGUGCGAGAUAAUCAUAUGCGUUGGGCGUUAUGCUGAGCACAAAGUGAAAUCUAUUUUUAUAGAUAAUUCUGAAAUUAACAUCCUCUAUAUGAAACAUCCCAGUCCUCAGGUCGGCUCUGAGGACAACUGGCUUGCAGAUGCACAUGAAUUCCUCAUAGAUAAUCAUUUGUCACAGUAUUUUUCUGAAUAACUAUUAUUUAUUAUUCGUACUGUUUAUUUUAUUUAAAUAUAUACUAUUCAACCAACAAAACAGAUU